UCUACCCGAGAGGUGUAGACUUAUUUAGUAGUAUGACAGUAAAUGGAUUAACUUAAAGAUUAAAGUUUUGUCUUUCUUUCUACUUCCUACAACAAUCACUUUCUCAUCAUUUUAAUAUAGUUUAUGAGGUUUUAUUAGGACAAUAUAUGGCUGAUAUAGUUUAAUAAGCUCAAAUUUCUGAAGGGGUCUGUCAAAGAUUGGAAAUUUAUGUGUCAAGAAUGAGAAUAAGUGUGAUUUUGUUGGUUUUUAGAAUAUGGUCUAUAGUGGUGGUGCCCAUUGUAGUGAAGGGUAAAAGUGGAAAUACGACAGUUGGAAGAGUGCCUAGUGUUGUGAAUGUUGGAGCUUUGUUCACUGUGAAUUCGGUAAUCGGGCGGUCUGUGAAGCCGGCUGUUGUAGCUGCCAUUGAUGAUGUUAAUGCUAGUCCAACUGUUCUUAGGGGAACUAAAUUGAACCUUAUUUUGCAUGAUACUAAUUGCAGCGGAUUUCUUGGCACAAUCGAAGCAUUGCAGUUGAUGGAGAAUGAUGUGGUUGCUGCAAUAGGGCCACAAUCCUCUGGUAUUGCACAUGUAAUUUCCCAUGUUGUAAGCGAACUUCACAUACCACUUCUUUCCUUUGGGGCAACAGACCCGACCCUUUCAUCCUUUCAAUUCCCAUACUUUAUACGCACCACACAAAAUGACUACCACCAGAUGUCAGCCAUAACUAAUCUGGUUGAAUAUUUCGAGUGGAAAGAAGUGAUUGCCAUAUUUGUGGACGAUGACUAUGGUCGAAAUGGAAUUUCAGCCUUAGGCGACGCCCUUUCAAAGAAACGAGCAAAGAUUUCCAACAAAGUUCCAUUUACUCCUGGUGCAUCAGAGACUGAUAUUACUGACUUACUAACUGGAGUCAACUUGAUGGAGACUCGGGUUUAUGUGGUUCACGUAAAUCCUGACACGGGUCUCAAGGUUUUUAAUGUGGCAAAGAAGCUUGGGAUGAUGACAAGUGGAUAUGUUUGGAUUACUACUGAUUGGCUUCCUGCAAUUUUGGAUUCAUCUGAACUGCCAGAUCCGGACACCAUGAAUGUCAUACAAGGGGUUGUGUCGUUGCGCCAACAUACGUCGAAUUCAGGUAGCAAGAAAUUGUUUACAAGUAAAUGGAAGGGUAUCAAAGACAAAGAGACAUCUAGCUUUAAUUCAUAUGCAUUCUAUGCUUAUGAUUCUGUUUGGUUACUUGCACAUGCUCUUGAUAACUUCUUGAAUUCUGGAGGAAGUAUAACUUUUUCCUAUGAUUCUAAACUUCGAAGUACCAACAAAAGUGAUCUUCAGUUAUCUGCUCUACGGAUUUUUAACGAAGGACAAAAGCUUCUUCAAACAGUUUUAAACACGACGUUCAUGGGUUUGACCGGCGAGGUGAAGUUUGAUGAAGACAGGAAUCUGAUUCAUCCAGCUUAUGAUGUGGUGAACAUUGGUGGGACAGGAUUACGGACCAUUGGGUACUGGUCAAAUCAUUCGGGUCUCUCAGUUGCUUCACCUGAAUCGUUGUAUUCCAAACCUGCAAACACAUCAGCCAGUGAUCAACGUCUUUAUAGUGUGAUUUGGCCAGGUGAAACGAGUAAAAAGCCUCGGGGAUGGGUUUUCCCAAAUAAUGGAAAGCCUUUGAGAGUUGCUGUACCGUAUAGGUAUAGUUACAAAGAAGUUGUCACAAAAGAUAGUUCUCCAGAAGGGGUAAGAGGAUAUUGUAUUGAUGUUUUUGAAGCUGCGGUGAGUUUACUUCCUUACCCAGUCCCUCAUAAGUACAUCUUAUAUGGUGAUGGUAAAAAAAACCCGAGCUACACCAAUCUCGUGAACGCUGUUGCUGAUAAUACAUAUGAUGCAGCAGUGGGAGAUGUUACCAUCACUACAAACCGGACGAGAGUUGUGGACUUUACACAGCCGUAUAUGGAAUCCGGGCUGGUCGUAGUUGUUGCAGUCAAAGGAACAAAACCCAAACCAUGGGCAUUUCUGAAGCCGUUCACCAUCGAAAUGUGGCUUGUAACCUUUGGGUUCUUUCUUUUUGUUGGAUCUGUUGUUUGGAUCCUUGAGCAUCGGUUGAACCAUGAAUUUCGUGGACCACCGAGUCAACAAGUCAUGACGAUCUUCUGGUUUAGCUUCUCAACGAUGUUUUUUUCACACAGAGAGAACACGGUGAGCACGUUAGGACGGUUAGUUCUGAUUUUGUGGCUGUUUGUAGUGUUGAUUAUUAAUUCAAGUUACACAGCCAGCUUGACCUCAAUUCUCACAGUACAACAACUGACUUCACGCAUUGAAGGGAUAGAUAGUUUGAUCUCAAUGAAUGAGCCGAUUGGAGUUCAAGACGGAACUUUUGCUUAUAAUUACAUGGUUCGAGAGCUAAAUAUCGCGGAAUCUAGAAUCAAACCGUUGAGAGGUGAGGAGGAGUAUGUAAAUGCCCUUCGUUUAGGUCCCAAAAGUGGUGGUGUGGCUGCCAUUGUUGACGAGCGUCCAUAUAUUGAGCUUUUCAUGCGUUAUACCAAGUGUGAGUUUAGAAUCGUUGGUCAAGAGUUUACCAAAAGCGGCUGGGGAUUUGCAUUCCAGAGAGACUCUCCUCUAGCAGUUGACCUAUCAACAGCCAUCCUCCAACUCUCAGAAAACGGAGACCUACAACGAAUUCACGACAAAUGGCUGUCAGCUGCUUCAUGCUCGUCUCAAACAACUGAUGUCCCAGAUGAAAACAGCCUCUCUCUCAGUAACUUCUGGGGUCUAUUCCUUAUCUGCGGCAUUGCGUGCUUCAUUUCUCUUAGCAUUUUUUUCUGUAGGAUGUUGUGUCAGUACCGUCGGUUCAAUCCUGAUGAAGAAGAGCCUCACGAGAUUGUGGAGCCGGAGACAGCUAGACGUGCCGCUAGACGACCCUUACGAGCCAUUAGCUUCAAGGAUUUGAUAGAUUUUUAUGAUAAGAAAGAGGCAGAGAUCAAGGAAAUGCUCAGGAGAAAUAAGGGUCAUGUGAGUAGGGACUCGGAUGAGCAUAGUGGUUCGUUUUCCUAAGAUAGAAAGUUAUAUACUCGUAAUCUAAUGCAGCUUAGUAGUUAAAAGAGUUGCAUUGAUACCAUAACAAAAUACAUAGCAUAGUGUUGUUGACCAUAUUUACUAAUAUACUGAUUACUUUAUGAUUAUGAUGGAGUAUAAAUCAAAGGUUUAUCAUACCCA